AUGCAACCCUCGAAGAGGCCACGCUUGGAGCCUGUGGCUGAACCAUCCCAAGACGAUGAUAUCCGCAAUGGCGUACCCCACAUAGCACCCAAAAAUAUCAAAAUCCCCGCUGAGCGUCAAGCAACCAUUCCCCAACCCGUUCUCACGCGGGACCAAAAGUGCAUACGCAAGUUGGCCAAGGAGAUCGCGCGACUCAGGCGUGACGUCAAGGAAAGGGAUAACAAAAUCUCUCGAUUGCAAGAGUUUCAUCAAGCAUUGGAGAAAGACUUGGCCGAUGAGAAGGAGCGGGGGCUGGUCUGGAAAAAGGAAUCGGGUACUGAGGGACUAGAAUUCUUUCGUGGGUUGGCUGAUGACAAGGUUUUAUGGCCUGAUGGAGACGAGACCGAGGACGAGGAUGACGACACUGAGGAGGAAGAUGAAGAAGAUGAGGAUGACGAAAGUGAGGAAUAG